CUCAUGUUAGUUUCGAAAAACUUUAGACGCAAUAUCCGGACAUUUAACAACACGGUCUCCUUCACCUCAACUGCCGCCAAACAAGACAAAACGGUUGUGGAAAAUGGAGGUGCCUGGAGCUACCGUAUUAAAGGCUCCUUGACUCAUUUGAUUGGCUCGCUCCUCCCGCUACCAGGAGCGAGUAAGACUUUUGCGCAAAUGUUCAUCUUCGGGGACCAAGCCGAAGAGGAAUUAGCGCUCAGAAAGCCAUCCAACUCUAGCAUGAAUAUUCAGACCUUAGGAACAAUUCAAGCAUUCCUUUACCACAACAACCCCUUCGCCAAACUUUAUAAGGCGGCAGAGGCGAUCCUUGGACCUGGGCCAGUCAAAACAAUCAAGAUUAAGUCGCUUCAGCGAAAUGGUCGUAAUUCAAACCGCUAUAACUAUCCUACGUGCAGCCAGGUAGCUGCAAUUCUUCCGGGUGACGGUAUGGUUGGUUCAAAGGACCGAGACAUCAUUGUCCAUUGGCAAUCAGGUGAACUCCGCCGAAUUUCUGAGUUGAAUACAAACUACUUUUCCCUACGAUAUCCCAUU